CUGCUCGGGCUGCUGCUGGCCGCGGCCCCGGGCGCCGCGCUGGCCAAGGAGACGGCGUUCGUGGAGGUGGUGCUCUUCGAGUCCAGCCCCAGCGGCGACUACACCACCUACACCACGGGGCUGCAGGGGCGCUUCUCGCGGGCCGGGGCCACCCUCAGCGCCGAGGGCGAGAUCGUGCAGAUGCAUCCACUGGGACUGUGUAAUAGCAAUGAUGAAGAGGAUUUGUAUGAAUAUGGCUGGGUAGGAGUGGUGAAACUGGAACAGCCUGAGUUGGAGCCUAAACCAUGCCUCACUGUUCUGGGCAAGGCAAAGCGGGCAGUGCAGCGAGGAGCCACAGCUGUCAUCUUUGAUGUUUCUGAAAACCCAGAUGCCAUUGACCAGCUGAACCAGGGCUCAGAAGACCCUUUGAAGAGGCCAGUGGUGUAUGUGAAGGGGGCUGAUGCUGUCAAACUGAUGAACAUAGUUAACAAGCAGAAAGUGGCACGAGCAAGGAUUCAGCACCGGCCCCCACGGCAACCCACAGAGUACUUUGACAUGGGGAUUUUCCUCGCCUUUUUUGUGGUGGUCUCUCUCGUUUGCCUCAUUCUUCUCGUCAAGAUCAAACUGAAGCAGCGACGUAGUCAGAAUUCCAUGAACAGGCUUGCAGUGCAGGCACUGGAAAAGAUGGAAACCAGGAAGUUCAAGUCCAAAAAUAAGGGUCACCGUGAAGGAAGCUGUGGAGCUCUGGACACACUAAGCAGCAGUUCAACCUCUGACUGUGCCAUCUGCCUGGAGAAAUACAUCGAUGGGGAGGAGUUGCGGGUGAUACCCUGCACUCACAGAUUCCACAAAAAAUGUGUGGAUCCCUGGCUGCUGCAGCAUCAUACUUGCCCCCACUGCCGACAUAACAUUAUAGAACAAAAGAAGGGAAACCCAGGCCCGGUAUGUUUGGAAUCCACCAACCCAGUGCGCAGCCGGCAGCAGAGGGUGAUUCUUCCAGUUCAUUAUCCUGGCCGAGUGCACAGGACCAGCCAGAUAACUGCAUAUCCCACCCGGACUAGCAUGGACCCCCAUGGAAAUCCCAUUACGGUACUUACAGUGGACCGGCAUGGUGAGCAGAGCCUGUAUCCAGCACAGUCCCCUGCUUACAUCCAAAGUUACCAGCCUGUUCACUUGGAUCAUGCCUUGAACACACAUCGCUGUGGCCUGGAGCACAGAGCUUAUUCUCCAGCUCAUACCUUCCGAAGGGCCAAGUUCAAUGGACGUAACUUCUCCAAAGCAGCUUGUUUUUCCCAGUAUGAGACCAUGUACCAGCACUACUAUUUCCAAGGCCUUAGCUACCCUGAGCAAGAUGGACAGCCUCCAGCUGGCAUUGCCUCAAAGGGUCCCUCCCGUGCCUUCCAGCCUGGUGGCAGCAUGCUGUUCCCUCCUGUGGUACAUGUAAUGCCCUCCUCCCACUUGGAGAGUGGCAGCACCUCCAGUUUCAGCUGCUAUCAUGGUCACCGCUCAGUGUGCAGUGGUUACCUGGCUGACUGCCCAGGCAGUGACAGCAGCAGCAGUAGUUCUGGUCAGUGCCACUGCUCCUCCAGUGAUUCCAUGGUUGACUGUACAGAGGUCAGCAACCAGGGGGUCUAUGGGAGUUGUUCCACCUUCCGUAGUUCUCUGAGCAGUGACUAUGACCCUUAUAUUUACCGCAGCAAGAGCCCCUGCCGAGUGGGGGAUGCUGGUGGUGCAAACCGAGGGACGAUCGUUCUCCUGGAGAGCCCCCAUCAGGACGAGCUUCUGGCACAUGGGCACGCUGUGAUGGGUGCUGACUGUCGGCCUGUGCCAGCUUCUUCCUCAGGGGACCAACUUUCUAACUGCAGCAUGGAGAUGAACUACAGCAGUAAUUCCUCACUAGAGCACAGGGAUUCAAAUGGCACUACCUCAGAGGGAGGCCUCGAGGCUACUCCCAGUGCUGCCUUGGAUGUUAAAAGGAACUGGAAAGGUCCAGAAGUAGCAGGACCUCUGAUGGAGCAAGCAUGUGCUUGCUGCUUUGAGCUCCAGCACUCUGCCCUGGAGCCCACCAGUGGGACAACAGACUGUGGUGCACUCUUCUUGGGCUCCCCACUUUGGGGAGGGUGUGGCCCGGGGCUGGAGCAGCAGCCAGGUAGUUCCCCAGGCUUGUACAGUAUUAACUCAGACCACUUGCAUAGGACAGAUGGGGUGAAAUAUGAGGGCUUGCCUUGCUGCUUCUAUGAAGAGAAGCAGGUUGCCUGUGGUGGCACCAGUAGCAGUGGAGGUGGUGGCUGUUACACAGAGGACUAUGCAGUGAGUGUACAGUACACACUUCCUGAUGAGGCCUUGCCAAGCUGCUAUAGGGGGGUGCGUGACAUAGGUCAACGCAUUCCUAUCAUUCCUGAGGACAGAGACAGUGAGCUAGUCCUGCCAAUAGAGUGCCGAGGGACCCACGGAGGCUGUACUUCCUGGGAUGGGACGCCUGAAAUGGACGCUCAUCUACACCGCCAAGGUCUAGGAGAGCUACAGGAGGAGAGGGAGGUGUGCUACCGGGCAAUGUCCUUCCUGCAGCAGAACUGCUCUCGGGACGAAGAAACGACGAUGCUCUUUCACAACCCCACUCUGAGCUCCCAGGAGGCAGCAGCAACCACAAAAACUGCAGGCUCUGGAUCUCACCCCCUGGAAAGAAGCCAAAUGGGUGACUAGGCCUGGCCAGACUGCUACAGAUAGACAAGGAGAACUUUUUAUGGAGACUCCAAAUUAUGCUGGACUUUCUUUCAAACUUUUUUAGCUUUGACAAACACACAAAAGUGGUAAUGUAGAGAAGCCCCCCUCUCCCAAGCUGGACUGAGCCUCCCCUCCAUUCCUUGCCAGCUUUGUGCCUCCUUCAGUCCUGGGUUUAUGUAAGUGAACAAAACCCAUGCAGAGCAGCUCUGAGCUCUAGUGCUAUUUUUAUACUAGUGACAAAAAGUGUUCUUUAACUAUAUAUUUUUUUAAAAACCAUUGUGCCAGCUCUUGCUGGCAAGUGACACUGCUGCAUUAAACAAAGGACAGUAUGUAUAGAUACUAGGGCUGUCAGUUAAUCACAGUUAACUCACAUGAUUAACUCAAAUAUUAAUCGCGAUUUAAAAAAAAAUUGUGAUUAAUUGCAGCUUUAAUCACACUGUUAAAC